AGCAGUACUCAGAUUACAGCAGUACUCUGCUAUGCCUGUCAUUGUAGGAUUUCCGACAGAUGAAAUUUUGAACAAUUUGUGAUCCGCAGCGGUUGAUUUGUAGUAGGAUUGUCAGCAGACAGCUCCAUAGCACACCCACAAUAAAAACUGUACUCUGCACCGCUUGAUUUUGCCCCGGUUCCACACCUGAGAAGGGACGUUGCUGCACUGAAGGUUUGUACUGUGGAUUGCAACUCCACUCCCAGUUUGGUCUAACAAGAGUUCGUCCACACAAGUUUAAGGAUGGUGUUUGAUUCUUUGCCCUUUCUGGAGAUCUUCCUGGGCUUCAUCGGCUUCGGUCUCUCCAUCAUAUUCUGCACCACCUUCUGCAGAGCCUGCAGUCGCUAUAGGGAGCAGCAGAUUGAGGAGGAGGCUCUGAGACACAGUGAAAGUGAAGCUCACCAACGGUCCAUUUACUUCAUCCCCUUCCGAGCAGAAGGCAUGUCACAUUCAGACAGUGAAGAUUCACAUGCACCUCCGCGGUACAGCACUGAUGUCUACAAUGGGCCUCCACCGUCAUAUAAUGAGCUGGAUUUUAAGCCUGAUGAUCUGCCACCUGCUUACACAGAACAAGACUUUUCUGUGAAUUUCACAGCACCAAACUCAGUCAUAAUAGACGCACAGCCACCACAGUAAGGCAUCACUGUCACACUGCUGCUGUGUUAAGGUUAUGGACAGUCUUGAUUAUUGCACUGCCUCGUGGACUGAAGUGAACCAGUAACUGCAGUUUAUAAUGUUCUAAAGAUUCUUUUUUAUUGUGAGCUUGUCCUUUUAUUGCGACACCGAAUGUGACGAUGGCACGAAGAGAAAAUGACAGCAGGCUUAAAGCUACGAUGCUGCAAAGAACAAAGAAAACAACAACAACAAAAAAAACCACUUCAGACCUGAAUUUGAUUUUAUUCCUGUGUAUAAUGAUUGUUAAAAUGGGACACAUGCAUAUCAUUUCACUAAUUUGUGUGAAAAUCGCCACUCUGGAGGUUAUAUGUUUGUUCUAGUUUGAUGCAUAUCUCUCUGUUUCUUUACAGGUUUUCAUAAAAUCAGGUUCACAAUA